UGGCAGGCUUAUGCUAGGUUAGAGAUGGAGUAAAUGGUUAAGCAUCGACAAAGUUUUUACAGUGAUAUCGGCUCAGAAGAUGGAUAAGCAGACGUUGUUUUUAGGGUCAGUAGGCGCCUGUGUCUGUGGUCUUCAUCAUUGAUGAGCUCACACACAUGAUUACUGAAUGCUUAUUGCUGGAAGGCUAUAGAGUAUGCCAGGAUGCCGGAGAUAGUACAAAAUCAGAAAAAUAACCCAAAAUCUCCACGGCGGAAGAAAAACAAGGAGAUUCAUAAUGCAGUGGAAAGACACCGUAAAGAAAAAAUCAAUGCUGGCAUUAAUCGGAUCGGAGAACUUUUGCCAUGUUCUCAGGCCUUGAAACAGAGUAAAAAUAUGAUUUUGGCUGAGGCUUUUCGCUACAUCACUGAGCUGAAGCAACAAAAUGAUGAAAUGCUUCUUAAUGGAGGAGAUGAAGUCCAAGCGGAGGAGAUAAAGCGCUUACAGAGACAGGUGGAGGACCUGCGCAAAGAAAGUGCUCAUUAUAUUGAGCUCCUCAAAGCUAAUGGCAUCAAUUUCCUGGAUGAUCCCACUAUACACUGGAAAGGGAAGCAGCGCUGUGCAAAAGUAGCCAAAGUAACUCCAACUCACUUGACAAAGGGAAUAAUUUUGUACUCCAAUGGUAACGGUUCCUGUCCUACAAGCGAAGCUACUAUUCCAACAAAUCCAGCUUCUCACCUCGAUAAACAACCAACAAAUGUUGUAACAGUCCAACCGUCAUGCGAUAUUGCAUUGGGCAUGAGCCAACCUUUUGGUGUUGCAGAUGGAACACCUGUAAACAAAGCUGUAAUCUCCUCUGCUUCUGCACAUCUACCGGUAGCAACUCUUAUUCCUGCUGUGCCUAAGCCAUGUCUAACAGUUUUGGAACAAUAUUCUCCCCUCGCUCCAGCUACUCCAAGAGUAACCCCAUCUAUGAAUUAUGUUACUGUUCAAAGUAUAUGUUCCCAGCCUGCUGUUUCCACCCCACUCCCUCCUCAACUUCAACCAGAUAACCCAACUAGUCUCAUUUCUGCUACCAGUUCAGCCAUGCCUCUCAGAAUUCAGCCUAUGCUUAGCCUAACUUCACUGCCUCAAGUUGUGAUCAAUAACCCAGUGGUUCCUGCUGCUGCUGGUGCCACCACUGUACAUUCUCAAGUCCAAACUGUAAGCCCUAUAUUACCAACAAGCUCUACCCUUCUUAGAACCAGUGCAACUAGCAGCACCCAGACUACAUGGACUACACUACAACUUGCAGGAAAUACAGUGCAACCUGUUUCUCAGGCAUUGGUCACAGAUGGGGCCAGCAUUUCACAUAAUUCUCAACAAUCAUCUGUGUGUUCAUUGGGGACAAAAUACAUUGAGCAGUCUAAUACUCUACAGUUGCAACCGCAGAUUCCUAUGCAGCUGCAGGCCCCAACACCAAAACACAUUCCUUUUCAGGCAUCUGGUCCAAGACCGCCUCAGAUAUAUUCAGCAGUUCUGCCACAACCUCAGACUGGGGUAGUUCAACAGUCCUCACUUUUGUCAGCACCAACCAUUGUGUCCCAAGCUUUAGUGCUUCAACAGCAACCUGUUGAACUACAGCCAGCCCAGUUGACUCAUUCACAGUCAGCUGUUCGAGCUCAACCUGCACUAUUACCAAAACCUCAGCCCAGCUCAAACCCCACCAUACAACCUAAACCUCCGGUUCAGCCUGCUAUGCCAUCCCAGCCUCAUUGCCAAUCUACAGUAGUGCCCCAUGCCCAGUCUGCCGUUGUGCCUCAGCUGCAUCUCAGUGUGGUGCCUCAGGCUCAGCCAAUCAUUAAUCCACCAACACAGCCUGCCUUUGUGCCUCAACCUCAAGCUGCCACACUGCCAGUAUUGCAGACAAUGCAGGUAUUGCAGGUGAAUUCUGAUGAAACACCAGUUGCUGUGACCACCUCUUCGCAAAAUAACUCGCAUGUUGUAAUUUUGCAACAGGGAAGUUCAUGUCCAACAUCACAGGUUCUCAGAGACGAUAUUACUAGUCAGACACCCUGCCAGCACAUUGUCAUAAUUCAGGCACCUACUUUGACACCUACACAACAAAGUCAAACCACUGCCAUUGUGUCAACUGCAUCCCAAAAUUUAGCCAGUCAGAUGACCACUUCGAAUACUACAUGUACAAUCAGCAUGCAGGCAGCUGGGCCAAAACAGUUGGUGAACAUUCUUCCACGGCCUUCAACGCAAUUGCAAUCACAAGCACCUCAGACUAUCACUGUGAAUGGACAGGUUUAUGUUUUGCAACCAACAAAGCCACUGGAAAAGGGGAACUCACAGUCUGGUCAAAGUGUGACUCAAAUCCUUCAACCUGCCUGUGAAGAACCUAACUCUAAUGUUGCAAUGAAAUGCUUGGGGGCUUUAACCAGUCUUAGUCAGAGCAUAGCUAAGGUUUCAAGUCAAAGCAAUUUACAAAUAUACACCAUCACUCCACCCUCGUACACUACUGUGCAACCUUCUCUCUCAGUGUGUGGUUCAGAUGUCAGCACAUGUAGUGAAACAAGUAUUCCCCCCUCUCUUCCUGUACCAUCAAAUGCUGCUGGCGGUACAAUUAAAAUCCUGCCAAAGAAUGGCAGUGUAAUCUCUAAAAAUCAAACCAAACAAAACAAAAUCAGGAGAACCAGAUUAGUUAAACGAAAAGAACCUAAACCUGGACAAAAUGUGGGUAAAAUUGCUUUAAAAAAUAAAGCACUUGUUUCAAAUACUACUUUGUCCACUAAAGCAACGGGUGUUAAUUUAUCAAAUUCUUUAGAGAAAGAUUCACUUUGUCAGGAAAUUAACCCUUCAAAUGCACCUACUCCAAUCAGUGUUAGUUUAGCAAGCAGUAGUUCUGAAAGCAUUAGUGAAAAAUCGAAAGAGAGUUCUGUCUCGCCUUCAGGGAAUGGGUCUAAGACUACAACAAAAUCUAUUGACAUUGUCCCUGUGCAUGACAGUGUAACAGUUAGCAGUGUUAGUUUACCAAGUUCUACUCAAGGUAGCAUAGUUAUUUCUAAAAAUUCUGACAGCUUCAGUAAAAAGAUACUUACUUCAGAUAGUGGUUCCAAUCCUAAUUGUUCAGGUGUUAGUAUUGCUCUCUCUUCACAAUGUAGCACUGUGGAUGUGGUUACAGCAUCACUUGCUACAUCAAAAGUUCAUGUUAACUCCUCUUCCAGUGUGCCAUUUUGUAGAGAAACUGUUAGUAAGAAUAAGGAGAUUGCCAGCAAUGUUUGCACCAGUAAUGAAGGCAGAUCAUCAAAUUCAGGGCCCAGUUUAGCAGAGAAAUCCACUCCACUAACCACUGUUAGCUCUACCCAAACAAAUUCAAUAGUUAAAUCUGUUAAUUCAGGACUUAGUCAGCCCCCAGUAUCAGGUGAUAUGUCCACACCCAGUAGACAGUUGAAUAUUACUGCUGAUUUAACAACCCGACCAGUGGUUUCUAUCAUGCCAAGUCAGAGCAUUUCACAAAUUCAAGUCAAGUUUGCUAGGAGGAAAGAGGUGACUGACUCUCCUCCAGUUCAGACGACAUCUAGUAUCCCUUCAAUGUCUGGUUCAAACUCUUCUUUGUCAUCUCAACCAAUUCAUGCUUCAACAUCUGGGAUUUCAGAUCCAUUCAAGUCUCCAAAAAAGACACCUACAAUGAAUAUAUCAAUGACAUCAACUAACCAUGGAACUUCAGACUUCAAGUUGACAGAAUCAAAUAUGAACACACAUUCUAGCAAAGAUGGACAAUCCAGUGGUGUCACAGAGAAGAUUGUGACAGAAGUAGGUGCCUUUGCUCAAAAAGAGAUUGCUGUACAUUCACAACAGGAAUGUACAUUAGAAAACGAUUCCUAUGAGCCUUCUCUGGGAACCAGUAGACAGACUGAUUCACCUAUGGCAGGAGGUUCGGGGGGCAGAGGGUUUUCUGUUGCAUCAUUGCUCCCAGCAGGUCACAACAUUAGUGCCUCUUCAAGUACCUUUGGUUCAUUCUCUUUUACUUCUGAGCAGGCAGAAAUAUUAGCAAUGGCUGCAAGGGCCAUAUUUGAACAAGAGAGCCCAGGCAAGAGGGCUGCUGGUUGCAGUGUUGAUAAUCCAACAAAUACUGUUGCUGCAGGGUGGGACCUUCCAAAAAUGCAGCCAACCCCUUCUACCAAGGAGAACAUGAAUGAUCAACAGGUUAAAAUGACAAGGCAGCCUGAUUUACCCAUGUCAAAAGCUUCAUCUCAGGUCUCUGGACGAGGUCCACCAGUUGAGCCUUUGGUCAGCAGCACCUCUGGCAUCAGACAUUCACAGAGCAUAGCUUACUCGCAGUCUCAACCUAGUGCUGUCACUAGCCUUAAUGUAAACAACCUCAUCAGACCAAGCUCCAGCCAGCCUUAUCCAGGAUCUCCUAAUCUUGUACAGCAGGUCUCUGUUCCAUCAUCAGGGGUCGCUACCGUUAUGGUGCCUCAGUCUUCAUCUCAAGUUCCUCCAACCUGUUCUGGCCCAUCACAACCUAAUGAAUAUGCACCUUUGAAGAAUGCUCAUGUUGGUGUUGGAAUGGUUGAGCGUCAUCAAAAGGACAUGUCAAAAAGGUCUGCCCAAGAUGAUCUUAUGCUUCCAAGUAAGCGUUCAAAGCCAUGCCCAGCAGGAAAUGUUUCAAGAGUAGAUAUUAAAGCUACAGAUAAUGUCCAAAUGAUGGUUAGUCAGAUGCCCUCAAGUACUUCUGCAAUUAUGACAAGAAAUCACCCCGAUGGUGUUGGGCCUUUGUUUUCUGGAAAUACUUUCAUGAGCAGUGUUCUUAGGCCUAUUGAGGGACACUGCUCUACUCAGGUGCCUGUACAUGAACACACUCAGCCAAGUGUGGUGCAUUUACAACAAGGCCAUGCACAACAUAACACUUCACAGUCUGGACAGAAUUUGGGUGGAAACCCCUAUCUCAAACAUCAACAACAGCAAGACCAAAGGCACCUUUAUCAGCUACAGCAUCACCUGACACCACCAGAAUCUCAGAUCCAUAGUAUUCAUCAAAGAACCCUACUACAAGAGCAGCAUGUACAUAAAAAAAGAGGAGUGGUGCGUGGUGGGCAGACAGGACCCACUGUUAAUUUGCAAAAGCAACACCAUUUGGAAAAGAGUGGCAUGCAGCAGCAACAUCAACAACAGCCUCCCCAGCAACACCAACAACAGCAUCAGCAGCAACAGUCCCAGCAGCACCAUCAACAGCAGCAGUCACAGCAACAAAAAGCACAACAGAUUCAGCAACAGUCACACCAACAACAGCAAUUGCCACCACAGAAUUCACAUUCACGUCAUCAGCAUCUUCAGCAACAAAUUCAGCAGCAGCACUUUGGGGCUAGACAGGACAAAAAUUGUGAGGCACAACAGGCAGGUCAAAGGGCACAUCAAAAUAAUCGCUUAGGUCAGCCAGAGCGUACACCUGGUCAGGACCAUGGAGCUUUGCAAAGACUAAUGGUUUCUCGUUCAAUGGAGCAGCAGUUGACCUCCCAGGCAAGCAAUUCUGUUUCUCGCUCUUCAGAUCUUGUUUGCACUCCUUCGCGUCAGGAGCGUCAUCGUCUUUCUAGUUAUUCAGCAGAGGCUCUUAUAGGGAAAGCUCCUGCUACUGGUGAGCAACGUAUGGGGGUGCAUUUGCAAGCACCCCGAAACAAUGCACAGGACCAGUCAGAAUUACGAGUCUAUGUAGAUUCAUCACGUGGUAAAGGAAAUAUUGCUCAUAAUUCUCAGAGUAGGCUACCCCCUGAUCAUGUCAAUACCACAGACACACAGCGAAUACCAGAUUGUGGACCUUUUAAGGCUCUGGUUAGUGGACAUCAGCUAAGUAACUUUGAAGUGCAAGUGUCUCGAAGUGGUGACAUGUCCACCAGCAAAUCUGUUCCCCAAAUCCAGAGAGGUCCUCAGUCACAAGCAGGAUUCAGAAUGAGUAGUGGACCCACAGGAGAUGGGCGUUCACGUGGGACAUAUUCAGGUCCACAUCCUACUGCUCAAGGUUUGCACAUUGGAGCAGGAUUGACAAGAAAUCAAGAAGGAUGUCACCAAAGCUUUAUGCAAAGUCUUUUGGCACCACAUAUUCCUGAGCAAAAUGGGCACCAAAGGACAGCACAGAGUUGUACCUCAGGGAAUAUAGAAUACAACUGUGUGACUUCUGCCGGAGAGCUUCAAGCUAAAUCUUCUAGUCCCAAUUUACACCCAGCACAGAAAUCUGCUCCCAUACGUCUAGGAGAUAAUAACAAAGGCCACCUUUCUCAAGUGAGCGGAAAUUUGCAUGGUCCACCUAUUAGAGCAGGUCCACUCCAUCCUCCUACACCACAUAGCAGUUCAGACACAGGACACACUCAAGGCUCAGCCAGGUCACUCUCAGCUGUUAGUCAGCGUCCCCACCACAUUGGACCAGAUCCACAAAACACAAAGAUCCGUCCAGGAGAUCGAACUCGGACAGGCAACUUGAGACCUGAAAAUCCCUUUGAACCAGAAAGCUCCCUCCCUCUUCCAUCGGGUGGAGGAGUGCUCAUUGGUCGUACACAAACAGGAAGUGAAGCUAGGCGAAGUAGCAUUGUGCGUUUUAUGGCAGAUGGUGCACAGGUCAGCAGUGAAAACAAUUUGGUGUCUGAGCAACAUCUCGCCCAGAAUUUUGGCUUUUCUUUCAUUGAUGGAGGAAUGAACCCACCACCUCCCAUUAAUGCCAAUGCGUCUUUCAUCCCACCAGUCACACAGCCCAGUGCCUCUCGCACCCCAGCCCUCCUUCCUGUGGAACCCCAAAACACUCUGCCUUCGUUUUAUCCCUCAUAUUCCCCUGCUCAUCCAAGCCUUCCAAGUGAGAUUCCUUUACAGUAUUUCCCCAAUCAGAUGUUUACUAGUCCAAGCACCGACAAGACCGCGAGUGCACCUCUGAACAAUCGCUUCGGUUCUAUUCUUUCUCCCCCCAGACCUGUAGGGUUUGCACAGGCUAGCUUCCCUCUUCUCACAGAAAUAACACCUAUGCCAAUUGCAAACUCAUCAGGUAUCACACCUCAUUUGUCUAACUUCAACUUGACCUCUUUGUUUCCUGAAAUUGCCACAGCAAUGCCUCCAGAUGGCUCAUCUAUGCCAAUGUCCCCAUUGUUGUCCCUUGCAAACACUACUUCAUCAGACUCAAAUAAACAGUCUAAUCGCCCAGCCCACAACAUCAGUCAUAUUUUGGGACAUGAUGGGACCUCUGCUGUUUAAGGCUGUACCAUUUAAAAAACACUUUCAGACUAAUUUUAAAGACUAAAGUGUAAAUCGUUCUCAGCAAAAAUCUAUCAGACGUUACAUGUUCUGUCUACUGGCUGUUGGUCUAUUUACUUUGUUUAGGUUUUCUUACUGAUACUGUCAUGCUUUUGCAUAAUGUAUAACUUGUUUCAUGUUAUUUUUUUAAGAACAGCCAUCUUUAUUUAAGAGAAAAUUACUAACUUUUAUUAUGUAGCGACAAAAGUGAAUGGGUAUUAAAUGCCACAGCAAAAACGAUUAUAACUUUGCAUUUAAUGCUAAUGUAGAUAUUUUUUAUCCAUUUUGUAAAGUAUGUGUUAUUUCUCCCAUGUAAAAAAUCUUUUCUUUUUAUCUCUUUAACUUUAUCUUAUCAUUCCAGGAAAAAAUUAAUUAUUUAUAAAAAGCUUGCAUUGUCUGUAGAUACUUGUAAAAAAUUAAAGUUUCUAUCUAAUCUAAUAAUAGAUGUGUUUGGUUUGGUCUCCCAUUGUGGUUGAUGGUCAUAAGGAGCAUGCUAGGGUUUUUUAGAUUUCUGAUUGUUUUAGCAUGGUAAAUCCACCAGAUGUCAGUACAUUUUUUUUGACUAAGCUUUCUUAAAGCCAGUGUUUCUCAACCUGGGGCCCGUGGCCCCAUGGGUUGCCCUGAGGUGGUGUCAGGGGGGGGGCGUGGUUUAAUUACAAAAAUACAUUAAUUUAUUAUAUAUUCUGUGUAAUUAAACCUCAGAAAAAUAAAGCUAUCCAACAGCACUACAUCGUAUAAUUUAACAUGUUUUGUUUAAUUCAAAUUUUAAGUUGUAGCUUUGGGUCUUGCAUUUGAUUUUUAAGAAAUAAUUUGCACCAUAUUUUAUUUAUAUCAGGUAUUUUUGUUUUAUGCAGGGUCAGCAGUGACUUGUGUUGGGUUCUAGCAUUUUUUUGUUUGUGUUGUUUAUUUUGUAUGUUUACUGGCAUUUCACAAUUCAUGUGUAGUAAUAGACAAGAUCAAAAGUAAUUUCAGCAAAUAUUAAAUGUUUCACUCCAGUUAUUUCCAUAAAAACAUUACAUUGAUUUUCCUAGCACAAUUGUUUACAUUUCACAUUUACUUAAUUAUUAUUAAAUACACAACAUAAAAGACUAGAAUGACAACAAGAAAAUAUGAUUUUCUUUAGCUUUAUUUACAAGCAAUAGUGCUC